GGCGUAGGAGGAGAUCUUAUCAGUGCUAGGUGUGUGUGGAGUUUCAGGCUACCUCAUCACCCCCCAUCUCUCCACCUCCCAUUGGGCCUUGCCCCUCAUCCUCUAUACAGGAAGUGGGCUCGCCCUGGGUUUCAGUCUACUGCUGGCCUAGCUGUUGUCUGCUACCUAAGCUGCGGAGCAGGAGAUGGCCGUGGACCCAGUCUCCAGUAGGACUGCAGGGAACACAUCGCCACAACUCCGUGGUGCAGCCAGGGCUUGCGUCCUCAGCUCUGCCUCUCGGAUGUGAUGGCCACCAUAGUUCUUUCUUGGCGUCUGUCCCUCUAUAUCUUCCUCCUGCUCCUGGCUACACCUUGGGCGUCUGCAGCAGUGAAAGACUGUUCCCAUCUUGAGUGCUUCUACAACUCAAAAGCCAAUGUCUCCUGCGUGUGGAGCCAGGAAGAGGCCCUGAAUGUCACAACCUGUUACAUCCAUGCCAAGCCGAACAUGCGACCCUGGAACCAAACCUGUGAGCUAGUUCUCGUGAGGCAGGCAUCCUGGGCCUGCAACCUGAUUCUCGAGCCCUCCCCGGAGGCCCAGGCACUGACCUCCGUGGACCUCCUUGACAUAAGUGUUGUGUGCUUGGAAGAGAAGGGUUGGCGCAGGGUAAAGGCCUGCAAGUUCCUUCCCUUUGACAACAUUCGCCUGGUGGCCCCUCAUUCCCUCCAAGUCCUGCACAUUGAAACCCAGAGAUGUAACAUUAGCUGGAAGCUGUCCCAGGCCUCUCACUACGUUGAACCAUACUUGGAAUUUGAGGCCCGUAGACGUCUCCUGGGCCAUAGCUGGCAGGACGCAUCUCUAUUAAGCCUCAAGCAGAGGCAGCAGUGGAUCUUCCUGGAGAUGCUUACCCCUGACACCUCGUAUGAGCUCCAGGUGAGGGUCAUAGCUCAACGAGGCAAAACCAGGACCUGGAGCCCCUGGAGCGAGCCCCUGGUCUUUCGGACAAGGCCAGCAGGUCCCAUGAAGGAACUUCUCCCCCUGCCAUGGAUCAGAUACCUUCUGCUGGUCCUCGGCUGUUUCUUUGGCUUCUUGUCCUGCGUCUGCGUGUUGGUCAAGUGCCGGUACCUUGGGCCAUGGCUGAAGAAAAUUCUCAAGUGCCACAUCCCAGACCCUUCUGAGUUCUUCUCCAGGCUAAGCUCCCAGCAUGGGGGAGACCUUCAGAAAUGGCUCUCCUCGCCUGUCCCCUUGUCCUUCUUCAGCCCCUCCGGCCCUGCACCUGAGAUCUCUCCGCUGGAAGUGCUUGACGGAGAUGUCAAAGCCAUGCAGCUGCUCCUGCUCCAGAAGGACGUGACCCCUUCGCCCUCACCCAGCGGCCGCUCACAGGCCAGCUGCUUCACCAACCAAGGCUACUUCUUCUUCCAUCUGCCCAAUGCCUUGGAGAUUGAAUCCUGCCAGGUGUACUUCACCUAUGACCCCUGCGUGGAGGAGGAUGUGGAGGAAGAUGGGCCACAGCCGCCUGCGGGAUCUCCCCUCUCCCCUCUGCUGCCUCUGGCUGGAGCUCAGGAUGACUACUGUGCCUUCCCGCCCAGGGAUGACCUGCUGCUCUUCUCCCCGAGUCUGAGCACCCCCAGCACUGCCUAUGGGGGCAGCGCAGCCCCUGAAGAAAGGCCUCCCCUCUCCCCACAGGAGGGACUUCCCUCCCAAGCAUCCCCUGACCUAAUGGGCUUGCAGUGCCCUCUGGAGCUGAUGCUGGAAGGUGAUGGAGAGGAGAUGUCUGCCGAUAGCUCUGGGGAGCAGGCCAGUGUCCCGGAAGGCAGCCCUCAAGGGCAAGAUCAGGACAGAGGCCAGGGCCCCGUCCUGACUCUGAACACUGAUGCCUAUCUGUCUCUUCAAGAACUACAGGCCCAAGAUUCAGUCCACCUAAUAUAGACAGGUGGCCAGGAUUGGGAGCCAGCUGCCUGGCUCAGGUCAGGCUUGAGGGGGACUGCUUAAGGGGUCUCUCGAGGACAGUCCACUGUUGAGGACUGUCCUGGUUAUCCCCACCUCCAAAUUUAGUCAUUUGAUACUUCCUGGUCUAGCCUUGGUUUAGGGUGGGGGGCGGUGGUCAGCUCCCACCCUAUUUAGUCACAAGGUCACUAGCUUCCCGUACCUGGCUCCCUCCCUCCUGCUUACCUUCACAGUUCAGCCAGAACCUGCUUCCCCAAUACAAAUGCAACCUUGCUCCCCUUCUAGUCCUGAGCUUACUGUGUCUCCUGGCUACUCUCUGCUCCAUUUCCUGUCCCGAUGCUUGCCUCGCCCGUACUGCUGUGGAAUAUCUGUCCUCAGGUUCUGAUGUGGCUGUACACUGUCCUAAUCAGAGCAGCUUUGAGAACCACACGAAGAGACCCCAAUAAGAUUGCAUGCAGCCUGUCGACCGUUGAGGGUCCCUCACAGAAGGAGGGGCUGAGGAAGGUCGUCAGUCCAUCACCUGAGAUCUUAGCCACUCUCCUGCACCCCAUCCCCAGCUACGUGUGAUUCUACCCCUGGAGCAUGCGCCAUUUUAUAUGUUCUUGGGAGAUGCUGGCAUAUGUAGUGGAGCGGGGGUGGGGGCUGGUUGAAAUGAGGGCUCCGUCUAUUUUGCUUUGGGGACCUUGCUAUCUAUUCUGGGGUGGGGUUUUCUGUGAAGCAGCUUCUUUGGGGUUACCUAGUCCCCUGUCAGUAAGCCUAAUAGACUCGAAGGUUCACCAAGCUGGAAUUGAGUAUACUUGGGCCUUUGAUGCUGUAUUUGGGAGAAGGACUCAUUUGUUAAUGUAUCCUCAAAGAAAAGCUUACAUGACAAGCAUUGUGUCAGCACUGUCCUUUGUGGAGACCUCACAAGGAUCCCCUGAGGUCUCCUGGAGUCCUGUCAUGUCAGCACCCAUCCCCCAAACCACCCCACCCCAUUCCCAUCCCACCCCCAGGUCCCCUGCUUUGCAGGCACCGUUAGUUCGUUGUGGUUUAUCUAGGUAUCAAACGUCUCUCAUCUUCACCUGUAAGUCCCACCUAUCUAGAGAGAGCUGCUUUUUUCUUAAGAGACUCAGAAGGAGAUGAAAGGGGCAGCACUUGACCUAUCCUCCUUCUUCGAGGCUAUCUCCUGACCUCCCUGUGAUAGUCUCAGUUUGGACACAAAUAUCUACCCAGCAGUGGCCAUUGGAUCUUUCCAAGGCUGCCUUACCAACUCAUGAAGGAGUUCACUGGAACCUGAGCCCCGAGUCCCAGCAGCCCAGGCAGACAUGGCAUGCUAAGUGUACCACCUCAGCCUCAGAGGAAAGCACUGCUUUCUACAGACUACUCCUCUAGCACAGAGCUUCAGUGUGGCUCACUGUUGUAGGGUGAUCAGAUCCUAUCUCCUCAGGGAAGCAGAGAUCCAGACCCAACUAAUCGAUGCCCUCCCCACAGUGCCUGCCUUCAAGGUUCCUGCUCUCUGCUCACUGGCUGUCUGGCCAGACCACAGAACCACAGGCUAACUAGCAGCUUGUGAGGUGCCUUGAUGCAGAAGGUCUGUCACAGAAGCUAGGCCUGAUCUAGCCAAGUAGGGUGUCUCUCCACCAGAUGUCCUGGGAACAAGAGUUUGGGGGCAAGGCUUCUUGUUAGCAAGAAGAAAUGAGCCAGUGCAGAGGGGUUCAGAUCUCAUGCACAGGUUCUCCUGCCCAUCCCCUCCUGUCACAGGAUGCUGUCUGUCACCAGCCUCCUCUAGCUCAGCAAUGGGUGAGACCUGAGCUCUGCAUCCACAUUCUUGAUUGUGUGUCUCGGGAAAAUGGGCAAAUCUUCGGGUUUCUCUUGCUUUGGCUCCCAAACAGAAGUCAAACUAUUUCCAUUGCUGAGGAGGUCUGGGAAGGAUUCAGUUCUUUCUCUUUUAAUGACCUGUGCAUGGCAUUCUUGCAAUUAUUUCUCAGAACGUUUUAAAAUGCAUUGACCUCUUUGUUUGUUUAAGUACACUUAUUUAAAGAUUUUUCUUCCUAUCGCUUCUGUGGCUUGAAAACCCAAUCUUUUUAUAAAUAAAGGGUGAUUGUAAAAAGCAGGUGCAAUAAAA